CUUUUCGCCAAUUCACCACUUUUUCUCUUUCUAUAUCCCCUCUUCGCUGACUUCCCUCUCCUCCCUUCCGGCAUCCCACGGCGUUUCCGGCCUCAAAUCUAUCUAUUCUCUCUGAAUAUUCUUCUUGCGAUUUAGAGAGAUAGAAAGAUAAUUGCACAUAUAGCUGUAUUUAAUAGCUAUAAACACAUAUUAGGAGGUUUUGUGGGGCGAAUUUUCUAAAGUUCAUUGUAAUGGCGCCGGGCAGGAGGGACGUACAGCUGACGGCGACGAGCGGGCGUCUAUCGGAGGAUGAAGGCGAUGGUGAGGGGGUCAGGCUGCUAGAUUCUUACGAUGAGGAGAAUCCCCGGGGAAAAUUGAAGAGGAUUCAGGUUAGAGUUACGGGAAUGACGUGCGCGGCUUGCUCCACCUCUGUAGAAGGAGCUCUUAUGUCCCUAAACGGUGUCUUUAGUGCUUCUGUUGCUCUUCUUCAGAAUAAAGCUGAUGUCUGUUUUGAUCCUGACGCGCUCAAGGAUGAAGAUAUUAAAAAUGCAAUAGAAGAUGCAGGAUUCGAGGCAGAUAUUCUAGCUGAACCCAAUGCAUCUCGUGCUAAUGCACAUGGGAGCGUGUCAGGACAGUUCAUCAUAGGGGGUAUGACAUGUGCAGCCUGUGUGAACUCUGUUGAGGGCAUUCUGAGCAGUCUCCCGGGUGUCAGAAAAGCAGUGGUCGCUUUAGCUACAUCAUUGGGGGAGGUCGAAUAUGAUCCCAUGAUCAUCAGUAAAAAUGACAUAGUAAAUGCAAUUGAAGAUGCUGGUUUUGAAGGUGCAUUGGUACAAAGCAGUGCGCAGGAUAAAAUCACACUAGGAGUCGUUGGAAUAUCGGGUGAGCUGGAUGUUCAAUUGUUAGAAGGCAUUUUGUCCAAGUUGCAUGGUCUGAGACACUUUUAUUUUAACCCCACAUCACGGGAGCUAGAAGUUGUCUUUGAUCCUGAGGUUGUUGGUUCCAGAUCCGUGGUUGAUAGCAUUGUUAGUGGAAGUGGUGGAAAAUUUAAUUUGCAUGUCAAAAAUCCCUACAUGAGAAUGGCUUCUAGAGAUAUAGAGGAAUCCUCAAGAAUGUUUCGUCUUUUCACUGCAAGUCUAUUACUCAGUGUUCCAGUACUUAUAAUGCAUAUUCUCUGCCCCCACAUUCCCUUGAUCUAUGCUUUACUGCUUCGGCGUUGUGGUCCCUUCCGAAUGGGUGAUUGGAUGAAGUGGGCAUUGGUGUCUGUUGUUCAAUUUGUUAUUGGUAAGCGUUUCUAUGUUGCAGCUGGAAGAGCACUUCGAAAUGGCUCGACAAACAUGGAUGUCCUAGUUGUCUUGGGAACUACAGCAUCAUAUGUUUACUCUGUAUGUGCACUACUUUAUGGUGCCAUUGUAGGAUUUUGGCCCCCAACUUACUUUGAAACAAGCACUAUGCUAAUCACAUUUGUCCUUCUGGGGAAGUGCUUGGAGAUCCUUGCUAAGGGAAAGACGUCAGAUGCUAUCAAAAAGCUUGUAGAGCUUGCACCACCAACAAGUAUAUUGCUUCACAAAGACAAAGGCGGAAAAGUUGUAUGUGAGAGAGAAAUAGAUGCAUUGUUGAUUCAGUCUGGUGAUAUAUUAAAAGUACUUCCUGGUACAAAAGUUCCUGUUGAUGGAGUAGUUGUAUGGGGCUUGAGUUAUGUCAACGAGAGUAUGGUCACGGGCGAAUCUGUCCCUGUUUCCAAAGAGAUCAAUUCUUUGGUUAUUGGAGGUACAAUAAACUUACAUGGUGUGCUUCACAUACAGGCCACCAAAGUAGGGUCUAGCACAUUAUUGAGUCAGAUUAUAUCUCUGGUUGAGACUGCACAGAUGUCAAAAGCGCCUAUUCAGAAGUUUGCUGAUUAUAUUGCAAGCAUUUUUGUUCCAGCAGUUGUUACUCUUUCCUUGAUGACAUUUGUAGGAUGGUACCUUGCUGGGAUUGUUGGAGCGUAUCCAGAAGGGUGGUUGCCUGAGAAUGGCAAUAAUUUUGUUUUCGCACUCAUGUUUGCAAUAUCAGUUGUGGUAAUUGCUUGUCCAUGUGCACUUGGCUUGGCAACACCGACGGCUGUUAUGGUUGCAACUGGAGUUGGUGCCAACAAUGGUGUAUUGAUAAAAGGAGGACAUGCAUUAGAGAGGGCACACAAGAUUACACAUGUACUAUUUGAUAAAACGGGAACUUUAACUCAGGGCAGAGCGACAGUCACAACUGCAAAAGUUUUCACAGAAAUGGAUCGAGGAGAAUUCCUUACACUAGUAGCUUCUGCAGAGGCUAGCAGUGAACAUCCAUUGGGUCAAGCCAUACUAGAAUAUGCACGCCAUUUCCAUUUCUUUGAUGAACCUUCAUCAAAUACCACGAAGGAGACACAAAGUUAUGGUAUGGACUCCAACUUCUCUGGAUGGCUGCAUGACGCCUCAGAUUUCUCUGCAUUGCCUGGAAGAGGUAUACUGUGCUGCGUCGGAGGAAAACAAGUCUUGGUUGGUAACAGGAAGCUAAUGACUGAAAAUGGGAUAAGUGUACCAACAGAUGUAGAAAAUUUUGUUGUAGAGUUGGAAGAAAGUGCAAAGACUGGUGUUCUGGUGGCUUGUGACGAUGCUAUAAUAGGUGUCAUGGGGAUAGCUGACCCUCUAAAGAGAGAAGCUGCUGUUGUGGUGGAGGGACUAGUGAAAAUGGGUAUCACUCCUGUGCUGGUCACUGGCGAUAACUGGAGAACAGCUCGAGCUGUUGCCAAGGAGGUUGGGAUUGAAGAUGUUAGAGCAGAAGUGAUGCCGGCUGGAAAGGUGGACGUGGUGAAGUCAUUUCAAAAGGGAGGGAGUGUAGUGGCGAUGGUGGGAGAUGGAAUCAAUGACUCUCCUGCAUUAGCAGAAGCCGACAUUGGGAUGGCAAUCGGCGCAGGAACAGAUAUCGCGAUCGAAGCGGCAGAUUACAUACUGAUGAAGAGCAACUUGGAGGACGUCAUCACAGCCAUUGAUCUCUCAAGAAAGACCAUAGCUCGGAUUAGAUGGAAUUACAUGUUCGCUACGGCUUACAAUGUGGUUGCCAUCCCGAUUGCUGCCGGCGUUUUCUUUCCUUUGGUAAAAGUUGAGAUGCCGCCUUGGAUGGCCGGUGCAUGCAUGGCCAUGUCCUCUGUCAGUGUUGUGUGCUCUUCUCUUCUUCUUAAGAGAUAUAAAAGACCCAGACUUACCACCAUACUGGAAAUUACUGUAGAGUAAAAAAAGCUAGAAAAAUAAUAAUAAUAACACCCCCCCUUUAUGUAACUUUAUAAGUAUGUACCCUUGAUCCCGUUUGGACGGUUUGGUGCUCAAAAGCUGUAUAGAUGUAUGUUAUCAUGCAUUAUAUUUUGGAUCCCAAUUCAAAAAUUGAGGAAGCUCAGAAAUCAGUCGUAUGUCCCAACUCCCAAGUCUCUAACCCUUGUAAGAGUUCAUUUUUGUAAUUCAUGAAAUGGGAAAUAUAAAAUGCGUGUAGCGUGAUGGUAUUUACCAAUUAUAAAUAUUAUUUGAUAUAUUAUGUUUAUUUUCAGACUUUGUCA